UAUUUCAUAAAAAUAGCGUGUACAUUUUAGGAAUUCCAAAUUUAAAGUCUCAGUCCUCCUAUCUUUAGUUCGCAGCAGUCUUCUUCACACUCCCCUCAGUAGUCGUCGCGUCCUAAGAGACUUCACAGCACUGACCAACUCUGUGUCACAUUUUCCGAAUGGCUACCAGAAACCUAGGAGGAUUUCUGGUGCUGGUUCUUGCGUUUACGAUCUGCGAAGCUGCGUCGGUGUUUCAGCCGAUCUCGGAUUCUCACCUAUCCGCGGCUUUAGAGCUUUUCGCUCCAGUUAGUGGAUCUUUCGGGAGUUUAGAAGAGACAUAUGAAGCCCUAAGAACGUUUGAGAUUCUUGGAAUUGAUAAAAAACCUGACGGAAGCAGCACUACGUGUCAUUCUGUUGAGGAAACUGUCGGGUCAUCAUCCUCUACUCCAAAGGAUUUAUUAUAUGCUUUAAGGGUUAACAGAAUAUUGAAAUGCAAGGUUAAUGAGGAAAAUUUUAAGGGUAUUGUUUCAAUGCUUAAAGCUGCAGUCAAUGAUGCUAGUUCAUUGCUUGAUUUUUACUACUCAGUUGGAAGCUUGGUACUCAUUAAGGAACAGAGUUCUGAUGCUGAUCUACUUCUUGACGAUGCUGAUGGAAUUUUUCAUUCUAUCAAGGCUUUGAGCCAGAGUGAUGGAAGGUGGCGCUAUAGUUCUAACAAUCCUGAAUCUAGUACCUAUGCAGCUGGGUUGGCACUUGAAGCACUUGCUGGAGUUGUGUCAUUGGCAUCUUCUGAAAUUGAUCAAUCGGCGAUUGGUACAUUAAAAAGUGAUAUAUUAAAGCUUUUUGACAGUAUUGAGAAAUAUGAUGAUGGGGCCUUUUAUUUUGAUGAAAAAGUUGUUGGUGCACGUCAGCAUCAUGGUCCUCUUUCAACUACCUCUUCUGUUGUUCGAGGACUCACAGCCUUUGCAUCUGUGACUUCCGGAAACUUAAAUCUUCCUGGGGACAAGAUAUUGGGUUUGGCUAAAUUCUUUCUUGGCAUAGGCAUCCCUGGUGAUGCCAAAGAUUUCUUUAAUCAAAUAGACUCUUUAGCUUGUUUGGAAAACAAUAGGAUUUCUGUCCCAUUGAUUUUAUCACUUCCUGCUACUGUGCUUUCCUUGACAAAGAAAGAUCAACUUAAGGUUAAAGUAAAUACUGUGCUUGGUUCGGAUGCACCUCCGCUGACAGUGAAGUUGGUGCGAGCUUCUGUCUCUGGUUCAAAGGAUGUUUCCAUUGAGAACCUGGAUCUCAAGUUUGACAAAGAAAGUGCAUCUCAUUUCUUGGAUGUUUUGCCUAAGACUGUUGAUGUUGGAAAAUAUUUGUUUGUUUUUGAGGUGGUCUUUCAUGACUCUGAACAUGAGAAAGUUUACGCUACUGGAGGGCGAACUCAAGUACCGAUAUUUGUCACAGGAGUUAUCAAAAUUGACAACACAGAAAUUGCCAUACUUGAUAGUGACCUUGGGAGUAUAGAAACCCAAAAAAAGUUAGCAUUUACAUCUUUUAUCCAAAGUUUUAUUGGCCAAGAAACCCAAAAAAAGUUAGAUUUAGCUGGACACAAUGUUGUUUCUCUGUCAGCAAACCACCUCCAAAAGUUGCGGCUAUCCUUUCAAUUGACUACUCCUCUUGGGCAGGUUUUUAAGCCGCAUCAGGCAUUUCUUAAAUUGAGACAUGAGACCAAGGUUGAACAUAUCUUUGUGGUGGGGAACUCCGGCAAGUUUGAGAUAGUUCUAGAUUUUCUUGGGCUUGUUGAGAAGCUUUACUAUCUUUCAGGUAGUUAUGACAUUCAGUUAACUGUUGGUGAUUCUGUAAUGGAGAACUCUUUCUUGAAGGCCAUUGGCCUUAUUGACUUGGAUCUACCAGAAGCACCUGAAAAGGCUGCACGCCCCCCUCUGCAGCCCAUUGAUCCUUACUCAAAAUAUGGGCCCAAGGCAGAGAUAAGCCACAUCUUCAGAGCUCCAGAAAAACUGCCACCUAAGGAGCUCUCUCUUACUUUCUUGGGUCUUACUGUUGUACCAUUCAUUGGAUUUUUGGUCGGGCUAUUACGCUUAGGGGUAAAUCUCAAGAACUUCCCUUCCUCUACAAUACCAGCCACAUUUGCCUUCCUUUUCCACCUUGGCAUUGCAGCGGUUCUCUUGCUUUAUGUGCUCUUCUGGGUGAAGUUGGAUCUGUUUACAACUUUGAAAGCACUUGGUUUAUUGGGAACUUUCUUGCUCUUUGUGGGACAUAGAAUUCUUUCCCACUUAGCCUCUGCAUCAGCCAAGUUGAAAUCUGCUUAGAGAUUGUUAAGUACUCUUAUUUCCUAAAGGAACGAUGAGGGGACUUCUUAUGUUUUUACCAAUUUUGUAGGACUAAUUAUGUUAUACCUGUUACUUAUAGAGUUUUAUUAUACAUAGAUUAUUUUUGCAAAACAA